AUGCAAGCGGCGCUUCGAGAGACGACGCCAGUCGGCCGCUUCCUUCCCGCGCGCAAAAACGCGCAAGCAAAAAAAGGAGAUCUGUUUGGAUCAGGCGCUAGCCGCUGCUACGGUUUCCCUCUCGGCGCCGAGCCUUUGGGAAGGCUGCGAAAUGGUUUUGCUGAAUUGCAGUGCCACUUCGAAAUCGCCAACCAG